UCAAGCCUUGGUCCUCUCUCCUCUCAUCUAACCUCUCUCUCUCUCUCUCUCUCUCUCUCUCUCUCUCUCUCUCUCUCUCUCUGUGUUUCCUAGAAAACCAUCCAAAGAAAAGGUGAAGGUGUGAGCAGGUGACAUUGUGUAAAUGGAGUCCGCAAGCGCAGCCAAGAGGCUGUGGCGCAUAGUGAGGGUUGUGGUCUACAUGAUCCAGAAAGGGCUCUCCAAGGACAAGCUCAUGAUGGAUCUCAACCUCCUCCUCAAGCGCGGCAAGAUCGCCGGAAAAGCCCUCGGCAACCUCGUCACCUUCCACCACCACCACCACCGUCAUGGCGCAUCCUCCAUGUACUCGGGCUUCUCUUGCCGGUCCAUGGACCCCAACCGCUCCUUCUACAACCCCAAGGAGGUGGAGUUCAGCUGUAGCAACACUCCCUUGUAUAAGCGAAAGAACCGCCACAGCCGCUUCGACUACGACUACGACUACGACUACGACGCGGUGGCGAAGGCAUUCGAGAUACUGAACUCGGAGGCGUCCGACGCUGAGUCGGUCAUGGCAUCGCCAUCGCCAGCCCCGAUGAGCUGGAGCUUCGUGAAGAGCCCGGCGGGGGUGCGACAACUAAGGAUCACGGACUCGCCAUUCCCAUUGGCGGAGGACGAUGAGGUGGACAGCCACAUCGACCAGGAGGCGGAAGAGUUCAUCAAGAGGUUCCACGAGCAGCUUCGUCUUCAGCAGAGGAUUCCGCUGACACCGGAAUACAAGCACCACCGCCGUGAACCGCUGAUGGGACGAGCCUGAGACGACCUUCUUCUCACUGCGAUGCUUCUCUGUGAACGAGUAGAAUGUGAAUAAUCUAUGUUGCUUACAGCAGCUUCAGUUUCGGUGAACGCUUUCAUCAUCAGUCUGCUUCAGCUACGGAUUCAUUUUUGCUCUUCUUCUUGUGGCAACGAAGCACGCAUUGAUUGCA